GAUCUAACCUGUCUCGUAUCGGUCGAGAUCAAUAACAUAAAACCUCCUAUAAUAUACUGUCUCGAAGUGUUUCCGUUGACAAAUGUAGUGAAACUGGUGUGAUUUCGGUGGUUAUGCUAUCAUUAAAGACGAUCAAGAUUGAAUAGUGAUAUGCAAUUCUGGCUCGGCCACGAUUUUCUGAUCCCUCUGGAUGAGUUGGUCGAGCUAUUUUCUAGUUUUGACAAUCAUCCUACGAACAUUGAGCAAGAACAUCACGUGCUGGGAGCUGCCAUGUCGACAUAACCGAUACCAUUUUGACUGUUGUAUCCGUCAACUAGAAAUUGACGAUCGAACUUCGAUUGAGCAUGCAAACUUUGCCAAACAACAAUACGUUUUACUAGAGGAUAGUAAUAUUUUCACAGUGUCACCACAGUUGUUUCAGCUCAUGACAGACGCUAAAAUGUUGGAAAUUUCGGGUGGAUUUGUGCCCUGGGUUCAUUUAGAACCGUCUAUCACCGUACUGAUCAUCUACGACAGCCAGACAAAGAAAAUUUUUGUCAAUCCCGAGGAAAGAAAGUAUCGACUGAUUUGGUUGGAAGUUCGCAAUGUCACCAUGAAAGAGAUUCCGCCUUAUUUGAACCAGCUAAGGGAUCUGGAGCAUAUUGGAUUUGUCAGUGCCGGCUUGGAGUACUUGGUAAUGGAUCAAUUUGACGGUUUGAACAAGCUGGAAGAGUUGGAUCUGUCCUGUAACAAUAUUCUACAAAUUCAUAUUAACUUCCCUAUGAGAUUACCAUCGCUGCGCACGCUGCAUCUGAAUGGUAAUAAACUGAGGACUAUCGAUAUUGGCUACUGGUACAUGCCAGAACUGACAACAUUUGAUUUGUCUUCGAAUCAGCUGAAGUAUAUAACAAACUAUAACAGCAACCAGAUGGAAAAACUAUGUGCCAUCAAAGCCGAGCAGAACAGAUGGAACUGUAAGUGGUUAGGGGAAUUUCUACACGCAUGCUUUCAUUUUAAAGGAUACGGCUUCAACGAUCUGCAAGUUGAAUGUGACGAAGACGAGGAAUGGCACGAAAAUUGCUGUUACGGAAAUGAGACCGAGUCAGGCUAUCAGGACUAUUUGAAGGAGAUGCACCUAAUUAGAUAAAUGUACCAAGUAAACUGCCCCAAUCGCUUCGUAGCUGGAAGUUUCGGUUCUUAAAUUUUGAAGUGUUCAUUUUGAUUCCAAAAUAUUUUAUUUUAGUAUUGAUAGAAAUAUACGCACGGUACUACCACUGAAUGUGGUUCAUGUA